GAGUGCUGUAUAUCCCCGCCCACGUAUUAUUCGGCGUUAUAACCACGUUUGUAAUCAAACAUACCCAAAGACCACGGGGACUUCCUGGCCGAUUGGAUAAUAUGCAUCAUCAGCCGGAUUUCACUGGUGUCUUCCUCGAAGAUUCAAACGACCCAACGCACUUGUUGUUCACCCUCUAACGGGCGAGUAUGAUUCUGGCUGGAUCAGACCAUUUCAUUGCGGUGCCAGUAGAAACGACAGCGUUUCUGGGUGCCUGUGCUGGUUUCGUGACUCUUCUGCUGGUUGUGGUUCUGUACUUGUCGCGCAAGUGGUGCUUCAUACCGCCCUCGUCGACGACACUCUUUGGCGGUGUCUGCGUGCCACUUUGCGAGUCCAGCAACAGCUCCACGUCCCAGCCCAACAAGAAUUUAGCCAAUUCAAUUUCUUUAGGAAAACCGUUUACCUUUUCGGAUCCGGAGACAAGCUCCGAUUCCGAAGAGGACGCACUGCGCAGACUGAAUUAUCGUUUGCAACAUCCACCAGACACACUGACAAUUCAAGCCGAAGAUGGACCCCCAUUGGGAGAUGUUGGGACCACUUCCAGCAGUUGCACCGAGGAUCAUUCUCCCGAUCAACAUCCAAUUGAUUCAAAUUCCGCCUACAAUAACAGAACAGAACGUCAGUGUGUAGUAGAAGUCGGUGCACCGGGUAAUUCCUUAGACAUCAGAGAAUCUGAUUCUCAAAUCGAGCACAAUGCAUUGCCGGCAAAUGACGUGACGGCAAUUGGAGUCAUUCCCGAAGAAGUUGGUACUUUAGAAGUUGCUUUUCUCUACGAUGCUCCAAUGCGAGAAAUGACUGUUCAAGUUCUUCAGGGUCGUAAUUAUCCAGCGGGAAUAAAUGGCAGUCAAGUGCGUUUAGUUUUGCUGCCGUCGAAAAAGCAACGGCGCAAAACACGAGUACGUCAGGGAACAUCGCCGCAAUAUAUGGAGAGUUUCUUGCUUCCUCGAGUCAAUCCCGAGGAUGUGAAUGCAAUGGGUGUGAGACUCAGAGUCUACCUUUGGGGCGGGCGAAUGCGACGAGAGAGACUUUUGGGCGAAGCUCGUGUUUGUUUCGAUCAAAUUAAUCUUCAACUCGAAACAACUUUGUGGCUCAAUGUUCAGCCACCUCCAUCAUCGUCGGUCCACGAGUGGGGAACAACAAGCAGUCUCACUCGAAGCGAUUCGACGGGUUCUCAACAAUCGGUUCAGUCCUACGCAUCACCAACGACUCCUCCAUACGGAAGUAGCAUGAAGGGCGGAAGUGCAGCCGAAAUCCUCAUAGGUUUGACCUAUAACGGCACGACCGGACGCCUCUCAGUCGAGAUUAUCAAGGGUUCACACUUUCGAGGCGGUGGCGGAAACGACACCAAACCUCCCGACACUUAUGUCAAACUUUCUUUGGUCGACAGCAAUUGUCACGAAAUGGCACGCUCCAAAACUUGCCUCAAACGUGCUCAACCCAAUCCUCUUUACAAGGAGACGUUCAUAUUUCAGGUGCCUCUCUUCCAACUUGGAGAUGUGACCCUCUUCCUCUCGGUUUACAAUCGUCGAAGGGGCAGCAUGGGAAAGAAGAGCAAGGAGAUGAUCGGUUGGCUGUGCCUGGGCUUGAACAGCUCCGGCGCUGAAGAAUUGCAACAUUGGAAUGACAUGCGUGCCUCUCGAACACCAACUCAAGUUCAACGUUGGCAUUCUCUUCUCCGACCUUGAAAUUC